GCACUCAGGGGUGGGCUGAAAGCCGAGGUCAGAAGAAGUGAGCUCCCGGGGAGAGCGGAGACCUGCGCUGCCUUCUCCCGCACACCUAGGACCAGGCUCCGGCGCACAGCCCUCCCCGGACAAGAUGCUGCAAACAGCUUACGACUGCUUCUGGUGGCACCGGCUCUGGCUUCCAGAGAACCUGACCUGGGCUGACCUGGACGAUAAGGACGGCCGCGUAUACGCCAAAGCCUCAGACCUGUACUUCUCCAUCCCCCUCGCCUUCCUCUUCCUCGUAGUGCGGUACAUCUUUGAAAUUCAUGUGGCCACCCCGCUCUCCAAGGUACUGGGUGUGAAAAACAAAGUGAAGCUGCGAGCCGCGCCAAAUUCCGUCCUGGAGACCUUUUAUAAAAGCUGCUCUAAACAUCCCAAACAGAAUGAGCUGGAGAACUUGUCGCGGGCGAGUAAAUGUACCGUGCGGCAGGUGGAAAGAUGGUUCCGCCGGAGGCGAAACCAGGACCGGCCAAGUUUACAGAAGAAGUUCCGUGAAGCCAGCUGGAGAUUCACCUAUUAUCUUCUUGCUUUCAUUGCUGGCAUUGCGAUCCUCAUAGACAAACCAUGGUUUCAUGAUCUUCGAGAGGUUUGGAAAGAUUUCCCGAAACAGACUAUGCUGCCAUCCCAGUACUGGUAUUACAUGAUAGAACUGGGAUUCUACUGGUCCCUACUCUUCAGAGUGGCAUUUGACGUCAAGAGGAAGGACUUUAAAGAGCAGAUCGUCCACCACGUGGCCACCCUUGUACUGAUCAGCUUCUCGUGGUGUGCCAACUACAUCCGUGUGGGUACUUUGGUGCUGGUUAUUCAUGACGCCUCUGACUUCUUCCUGGAGUCUGCAAAAAUGUUCAACUACGCCGGCUGGAAGGAGACCUGCAACAACUUGUUUGUGGUCUUCGCCUUGGUCUUCAUCAUCACAAGGAUCAUCAUCUUUCCCUUCUGGAUCUUACAUUGCACCUGGGUUUACCCUCUGGAGAUUUACCAGCCUUUCUUUGGCUAUUACUUCUUCAAUGUCAUGCUGUGGGUACUGCAGAGUCUGCACGUAUUCUGGGCUUACCUCAUCCUUGGCAUGGCCCACAAAUUUCUUACAGGCAAGCUGGAACAAGAUGAAAGAAGCGACAAAGAUGAAACUGACAUUCCAGACGAAGACGACGAGGAACCGGCCAAGAACGGGGCCGUGUCCAACGGUCACUCGGUGCUGAACAACAACAACCACCACAAAGCGGAUUAACCCCGGAAUAGACCUGCGGCUUCUACCCCUGACAUUCCUGAGGAAGUCAUACUGGCUCUCUUACACUACUGAAACCUACCUUGCCAACAUCUCAACACCUUCCUCGUGAAGCCAUGGAAGGUGAGCAGUGGAGCUUCUCCACUGGACAAUUCAUUUUUUUUAUUUUUUUUUUAUUUUAAUUUUUUUACUUUAAUAAAAUAAACUCGAACCCUCUGUACACUGCUCCCCGCAAGUAGAUGAACCUUCUUCUCCAUGCACCUGUAAGUGCCCGCUGCUCGCUGGACUGGUUGUAGACGCCGAUGUACAUUCCAGAGAGGACUUUCUUCUCGUCUGUUUUUGCAUUUGGACUGGAGAAUGAGUCGUAUGACCUGGAUAAGGGCGGUGAAGGUGUUCAUCGUGCUGCAACGUAGGCCCAGCUCCAUGGGUUGAACCACUGACUGUUAAGUGUAUUAUUAUUAUUUUUUUUAAGGGGGGGGCCUUAAUAUUUACCUGAAGACCCUAAGCGCCAUUUUACUAUGAGGACAAUCCAUGUUAAUGCUGCACAUGCUCCAUGUGGCGUGAUCCCUAAGCUCAGGCUGUAAUUCCUGGCCUUGGCCUCUGGAGUAUCUCAGAAGGUUUAGCAGACAUAUUUAUUGUAGCAGUUCGGACUUGUUGCCAAUCUGAACCAAAUGUUACCUCGUUUCAAUCCAUUUCCACCCUGUUCAUGCCGAUAUGUGUCAUUUUUAAACCUUGAGGUAGAUCCCGAUUCCAUUAUCUUUUAUCACCUAUCAAUGGCCUGUCUCCUCAUCGCGGCGGUCGCCAUCUUCCUAGCGAACUAAUAAAUUGCAAUGUAAUAAAUAUUUGUUUACAAAAGA